AUGUACAGGAGCAGCUUCCUCCGUGAGGUACGCAAGGAGAAGUACGAGCGGUCAGAUGCCUAUGAUGAGCUACGAGGCUCCCCAGAAUUUGACAGUUUGGCCCAAGCCCGGGGCUUGGAGAACCUGCAGGAGCUCAACGAGCGCUUUGCAAGCUACAUCAACCGGGCGCGUGUGCUGGAACAGCGCAAUACCAUCCUGCGCAAGCAACUGGAGACCUUCCAGCGCAUGGAUGAGCUGGUGGGCUUGGAUGAAGCAUUUGCUGGGCAGAUUGAGUUCAACCGGCAACGAAUGAGGGAGCUGGCUUCUGACCGAGCCAAGCUGGAGCGGGAGGAGAAGGAUGCCCAGCGCAUGCUUGAUGAAUACUGCAACAAGUAUAGAAAUGAACGUGAGUAUCAGCAGAGGCUAAAAGAAACCCUGGAGCACCUUAAUAAAGAAGCUGAUGAGGCCUUGCUGUGCAACCUGGAGCUGCAAAUUGAGUCCCAGUUCCUGCAGGAUGACAUCAAUGCUACAAAGGACAGAUACAAGAAGAACCUUAUGGAAAUCCAGACCUAUGUCAAUGUCUUGCAGCAGAUCAUCCAGACAACUCCUCGUGUGUCCCCAAUAACCACUGGCAUAUGUGAGGAAAAACUGAUAGCAGAGAGGAGGAUCCCUGUUCUGCAGAGCCAGCUGGAGGAAUAUAAGAGCAUCCUCUGCCAGCUACAGGCACAGAAAUACAAGCUCCAGACAGAGACAACCAUGCUGGAGCAAGCAAUUAAAAACACCCAGGAGAGUUAUGAUGAUGAAAUUCAGCUUUACAAUGAGCAGAUUGAAAACCUUAGGAAGGGGAUAGAGGAGGCUGAGAGAAUCUUGGAGAAGUACACCACUGACUGCCGCCAGCUGGUGAUCUACCAGCAGUCCCUGGAGAAUGAGCUGGAAAGGUACAAACGGAUCAUCGAGAAUGAGGACAGCCGGUUAAACUCUGCUAUAGCAGGAACCCCAGUCACACUCUUCACACAGAUUUAUCGACCUGCCCAGCCUCAGGCUUCGAGGGGAAGAGAUAUCACCCAGGCCAUGCAAGACAUUGCCAGUAUAAAGCCCAGACAAAAAGGCCUGACAAAGAAAAUUGCCAGGAAAAAGGAGCUGAUGUCAAAAGACAUAACCGACAGUCACUUGCCUGAAAGAAUGUACGAAAGAACUCUGGAAGGUUUUGACCAAGAUCAGAUGGAGUUUAGGCAUGAAGGCUCAGUCAGGUGUGAACCUGAGCAAGAAGGAUCAGAAUUUGAUGAAAAAGAAAUGGGCCCAGAGGACGUACCUGAUGGAGCCCAGAUAAGUAAAGCCUUUGAUAAAUUGUGUAAUAUUAUGAGGGAGAAAAUAAGAGUCCACAAGAGACCAGAGGCUAAGUCUGAUGCCCAUCCCAAAGGGCGUUAUGUGCUGGUGACAGGGGAGGAAGGCUAUGAAGAACCAUGCAUCUUGGCCCCCUCUAUUCCUGCUGGUGGGGGGAUCACAGUUUCCACUGGCAAUGGGAAAGUGAUGAAUGGGGAUGAUGUAGAGUCCAUACCAGAGCUCCCAGAACCUGCCGAACCACCAGAAAAAGAGAAAGGCGAAAUCUGUGAAAGGAGAGAAGAGUUUGAACAGAGAGAGGAGGGGAAAGAAGAUGUGCUUGAAUGGGGGAAAAAAGCAAGAGGAAAAAUUGAGCAAAUCACAAAGUACCCAGACAUCUCUGAGCCUGAGACAGUUACUUCCUCUGGUCUGAUAAGCCCAACUGAGCCAGGACUCCUUCGAGAGACAGAAUAUGACCGAGAAGAUAAACAGGGCCUUUUGUUCAGGGAAGCAGCCUUACCUGGCUCUAUGAGCUAUGAGAAGGUGGAGGUGGUGGAGUCCAUUGAGAAGUUUUCAGAUGACAAAAUUCAGACAUAUGAAGAGACAGCAAUGAUUGUUGAGACAAUGAUAGAGAAGACAAGCAAGAAGAAACUAGGUGACAAAGGCUCUUAA